AUGGCUGAUCUUUCCAGUACCAAUCAGAAAGACAGUACAACAAAUAUUAUGAGUCCAUCAAGUCCAUCGACGCCACCUGGAGAAACUGAAGUAAAUUCGAAUAAUUUUUCAGGCGGUAAACUUAAUUCAUCACAAGAACAAAAUACAACUACAGUACCAAUUUAUAAUGCUCAUCAUAAUCAUGCAUCGUGUGAUGAUCCAUCACAUAAUCAUUUUCAUGAAGAAUCAUCACUACCUUCCAAUUCUUCGAAAACUAAAACUAGACGUUCCGAUCGUAAAAAGGCAAAAGACUAUGUUCGAUCAGAAUUGUUACCAGGACAUCGUGGAUCGGAAAAUAUUGAUGAUUUGGUCAAGUUUAUUGAAAGUCAAUCACCCACGACAACCAUUACCGACACAACAAAAACAGAUGAGAAGAAAAAGCGUAACAACAAAAAAUAA